AUGUCAUCCGACGCUCCCCCGCCGCUCGGAGAGCGUAUCUCUGGACUGUUCGAGCCAGCCCAGCUAAUGACCUGGGCCAUGUCCCACUACUUCCGCGUCUGCGCCGAAGCAGUCUUCCAGAAAGGACAGGUCCUCGCGCCUCUCUUCCAAACUGGCCGACUCCGCGAUGAAGCUUUUGGGCGCUUUUGGGUUGAGUUCAGCUCAAUGCCGCCACGCAUAGCCGCCAUAGCGCCCAACAACGAGGACGAGGCCAACAACGCACCCGUAGGCUCCUCAGCUCUAAUCCCACCACUGCUCAAAACCUCCUCGGGCGUGGUACUAGACAUCGGUCCCGGCACCGGCACGCAGAUGCCCCUGCUGCGCUCACCAGCCAUCAAAGCCAUCUAUGGCGCAGAGCCCUGCGCCGGGCUACACGCCGAGCUGCGCAAGAAAGCCGCGUCUGAGGGUCUAGCCGAUAAAUACACCAUCCUCCCCUGCGGCGUCGCCGCCAAGGAACUUAUUCCUGCAUUGGAGGAUGUUGGCGUCGACGUUAAUUCAGAAGGAGUCUUUGACACGAUCCUCUGCGUGCGAGUCCUUUGCUCCGUUCCCGGAAUGGAACGCACCGUGCGCGAGCUAUAUAGUCUUCUCAAACCUGGCGGUCGACUCCUGAUCACGGAGCAUGUGGUAAAUCCUUGGCGCACGGCGAAGGGGUCGCUUGCUGGGCGUCUCGCGCAGGCGGUCUAUCAGUGUCUGGGGUGGAGUUGGUAUAUCGGGGAUUGUCAUUUAGAUCGCGAUACGGAGAAGGCGUUGCGUGUCGCGGCGGAGGGGGAUGGUGGGUGGGAGAGUGUGCAGCUGGAUAGGUCCUUUGAGUGGUCUGCUAUGCCGUAUAUUUCGGGCACUUUGGUUAAGAAGAGAGGGUAG